AUGUUUUCCUCUGUCUUUAAAACCGUACGCGCUAGCCCCGGUCAGGCCAUUAGGCGACACAAAUUAUCAGCGCGCCAGAUUUAUAACUUCAGGACACUCGACCGUCCUAACACAAGGCUACUAAUAGGCUACAAUCAGCGGCAGGAAUUCGCUACUAUUGCGCCUACAAUUACCGAGAUAGGAGGAGGCCCAUUGAAGGACAAGACCCGUGUUGGCAUAAUUGGCGCUCGAGGCUAUAUUGGUCAGACACUGAUCGAUCUCCUUGACUCUCAUCCUAGAUCUAGGCUGACACAUAUCUCCUCGCGCGAGCUUGCUGGUAAGCCGGUACCGAACUAUCGAAAGUCGAGCGCCGUAUACGAGGAGCUUUCCCCAGCGGAUGUCGGCAUGUUGGAGGCUCAAAAAGCCGUGGACUGCUGGGUACUCGCCCUGCCUAAUGGCCUAAGUGGACCCUACCUAGCUGCUAUAGAUAUAGUGGCCUCGCGGACAGACAGAAGCACAGUCGUGGUCGACCUUUCAGCCGACCAUCGGUUCGAUAGCUCGUGGACAUACGGGCUCGCUGAACUGGUCAGUCGUACCGACAUUGCGCGUGCUACACGCAUAGCAAAUCCAGGUUGCUUCGCAACGGCAGCUCAGCUUGCUUUAACUCCCAUUUCAAAGUUUGUAGGCGAACAGCCUACGAUAUUCGGCGUUUCCGGCUACUCCGGUGCUGGCACAAAGCCUUCACCUAAGAAUGACCUCGGCUUUCUUAGGGACAACGUCGUACCGUACGGCGUUACUGAUCAUAUACACGAGCGAGAAAUCAGUGCAAGACUAGGUUAUCCCAUCAGCUUCAUUCCACACGUCAGUUCUUAG